AUGGCCUGCCGAGCGAAGUGUGGGGUCCCCGCUACUGAAGAAUACGGUCAUGUACUUCCGCUGGCCCUAGGGUUUCCCAUGGAGACGACGAUCGCGGUGGCGAGGAUGUACCUUGCAGGCGUAUUUGAUCAAGUGCCGGAGUUGCGCUUGAUACUAGCGCAUAGCGGCGGAACGCUACCUUUCUUAGCGGGCCGCAUCGAAAGCUGUAUCGUCCACGAUGGUCAUUUAGUCCAGGAGGGCAAGGCGGGCCUGGCCGACGGACGAUAUGGCAGAUCCUUCGGGAGCAGAUCUACCUAG